GAUUGCAUUAGAAUCCAUUGAACAGGUCUGUCAAUCUUUGCUUUGCUGCUCCUGCUCCAAGAAGCUCUUCAGGAUGAAGUUUGCCAUCACCCAUGAAGUCUUCCUCCUUUAAGGAAAAGAAAACGUUGUCCCUAUUAGUCUCUUUAGGGACUUGUCUGCCAAGUUCUACAAAGACAUGUUGUCAUAGUGAUGACAUGACCUCCAAGCAGUCUACAGACUUUUUGGACAGGUGGUGAUGCUCAUAUUGCUCAGGAGCAUGCGGCUAAAUGGUUGAAUUGUUGAAACGAUGCUCCUCUGUAACGUUCACAUCACAUGCACCUUCCAAGAAUGCAGCGUUUUUUCAAGAGACUUGGCUUGAGAAGUGUACUUCUUUGUUCAAGCAAUAAAACAGAAUUCAAGGCUUGCUUCUUCUUCUUUUUUAAAUAGUCUUUGCUCUGGAGCACUGUAGUCCUUUUUAAUACAGUUGCACACAUACCUUUAGUGAAGAUUUCAAGGGUUCUUUUUGUCCAAAACUCGCAAGAUGAUCGACUUGAGUUUUCUCACAGAGGAGGAGCAAGAAGCGAUCUUGAAGGUGCUCCAGCGGGAUGCAGAGCUGAAGAGAGCUGAAGAAGAGAGGCUCAGGCACUUACCUGAAAAAGUUAAAGAUGACAGCCAGAUAAAGAAUAUGAGUGGGCAGUGGUUUUAUGACGCCAAGUCCAAGAGGCACAGAGAUAAAAUUCAUGGAGCAGACAUCAUUCGAGCAUCCAUGAGAAGGAAGCCAUUGACAACAGCAGAGCUGAAUCGGAGCAAGUCGGACAAAACCAAGAACAGCUGGGUGAACAACGUCAAUAAAAAAGAAGUGUUUAUGCCACCAGAGCUGUUUGGUGCCAUAGAAGAGACGGAAAGGGAAUCUAAUUCUAGUGAGAGUCCCAAGGUAUUCAGUGCAGUCUCUAACGUAUUAGACAAGCCCCAGGAAGACACAAGCAAGUCUACCGUCUCUCCAUCAAAGCAGAGGAAAAAUCCAUUUAAUGACUCGGCUUUGUCGGAAUAUAAUUCAAAAAGCGAGCCACCUAAAAAUGGGACAACUGAUUUAUCAGAAGCAUCAAAGAAAGACACACUUUCGCCUUCAGUAGAAAACCAGUCCAAGGUAACUGUGACAAAUGACAACAGGGUAGAGGAGACAGAGCAGGCUUCUGUAGAAGCAAACGACUUGCAGAGACAGGCAGGAAAACCUCCUGUACCAAAAGCCAGGAGGAACAUCCACAAAACGUCAGAUGUCAGCUUGGAGAGUGAAGAUUCCUUCCCCAGAACAGCUAGAAGGAACAGACAGGUGAAUGGCCAAGGUACCCCGCCCAGAGGCAUCUUGAAACGCAGUUCAAGUUCCAGCUCCACUGAUUCUGAAGUGCUCCGUCUGAACCACACUUUGGACCCUCCCAAUAAAAGUGGAUUGCCCACCUUGACUAUCCUCGAGGGUGUUGCAGAGAAGAGCCCUCCUGCAGGGGAAUCGGGAGGAUUCUCUCAAAACUCACUGGAAAGACUAAAGCAAGUCAGGUUCUCUUCCAGUGUUUCUAGGAAAGAACGUCCUCAGAGCUGCGAGCUGCAUGAGGGCAAAGAAACUGGGGAGUUCAGUUUGCUAGACUCCCAAGACCAAUAUGCCAAGACCAGUGAGAACCAAUGGGGUGCAUUAGAUGCAGCUCAGAGCAAAGAAACUCUGCCAGUAAAACCUCCAUGCUCCCGUUCUCCUGUUUUAAAUGGUGAUGCUGAGGACAGAAGAGUGUCUCAUGAAGGGGAUGCAGCUUCAAGUUCUUGUGAUGUGAACAGAUCAGGUACACCAUCUAUUCCCUUGAAAUCUGAGCAAAGUCCUCCUAUGGAACCUAAAAGGCCCAAUGAAUCUCCCAGCAAGAUCUUUCCCAAGGCCAGUGAAGAACAAACUGUGGAUGAUAGACAACCUUCCAAAACUAAACAGAUGAGCCCUGAACCAGACAUCUCGAAAAGCACCACUGGCCAGCAGUUGCCCUUGACUAAGACAGAAGACCCUCAGGUGCCAAGCGUGAGCUCCUCAGACCUUGAACGAGGUAAGCCUGCUCUUGUUGAGGGUCAAACUGCUAAAUCCACCUCUAAAUCUGACAGACAUGCUACUGAGGUCUUGAAGGCAGCUGAUGAGUCCAUAUCAAAAGUACUAGACUGGUUUAAAAGAAGUUCCAGUACAGAGGACGAUAAAGAAAACCCUUCGUUAAUCCCUCAAGGAAGAGAUCCUACCCAGGAGACAGAGGUGCCCCAGAUGAGAGAAGAUAACACAUCAAGUACAGAGGAGUUAAAUCUGGAUUCUUUACGCAAGAGAGAAUUGCUGAUCAACAAUGCCCACCAGUUCCAGGAAAGUGUGAACCAAGCAGGGCAGUUAUCGCUUGCAAAGAAUAGAAGUCCAAGUGACCUGCUGCUGGAAGAACAAAGAAACAUCAGCCGACGAGCAGAAGAAACUGUGAACUUGAGCAGUCGAGGACAGUGCAUAAAUGGCAGAGAGAGGACACAUUUCCAGACCCCUGAUCAAGGAACCAGCAAGGAAGAUGGAACUCUUAUUUGGGGGGACGUAGAAAGCAAACAGGGUGAAAAUGUUUCAGGUAGAGAACUGAGGGCUUUUGAAGACAGAAAAAUAAAGUUGGGUUUGAAGAGAGCAGAUUCUUCCAUAAAAGUAACUGAAGGGGAAAAUAAUCCACAGGCACACGUAGAUGGAAGGAGAGGUGUUGAAUCUUGCUUGGAAGAAGGAAACUUUGAGCAUCAAGCUCAAAUGCCUCUUAAAGAAUUGGGAUUUCUGGAUGAGAUAACCAUGCAACCAGAUACAAAAACCAACCAAAGGAAUCUGCCUCUCUUGCAGCAACAUGAAUUUAACCAACCGUCUCUGAUGGGAAAUCAAAAAAGAGUCAAGGACAUCAGGGCUUUCUGGGAAAGGGAGAAGAUCCCCCCAAAUAAGAAAGAUGCAUUAAAUGAAAGCAGAUCUGUUAGUGUGAUACAAAAGGGAAAUGGUGAACUAAAACCAAUGGGUGGAUCUUCGGGAUAUGUUACGGGUGAAUCUGACAAUGAACAAAGCAAAUACAAUGUGGUUACCUUCAGAAAAGUUGAAUUAAAUGAUGAUGAUUCUGAACCUAAAGACAAUGACAAUAAGUUUACCUUCAGAAAAGUUGAAUUAAGUGAUGGUGAUGCUGAACCUAAGGACGAUGAAGACAAGCUGGGAAAAACUGGACCAACCCUGAUGGAUAAAUUCAAAGAAAACCGUUUUGUUGACAGACCUGGUAAUAUAUCUCCAAGUAACUGGAAGGAUACUGAAUUUACAGAAGUGCAAGAUGCAGACAAACUGCAUCAAAGACACAGUGCGGCAUUUUCUUCAAAGAAGGAUGGUGAUUUGCCAGCAGUUGCUGGCAAAGAGAAGACAUCUCUGCCACAGAAACUGAACUUUAAGGUUCAUUCUCUAAAGGAGAGAACAGACGAAGAGUCAAGGGCUCAGAGGCUCGACCCUUCCCAGUUUCAAAGCCUGAGAAGCUUUUGGGAUGUGGGAACUAGGCCUCAGAACAAGGCCGAUGAUGCCAAGGCAGACAGGGUCAUUCCAGAUAGUAAGAGCAGUACAGGAAGUCCUUGGAAAGAGUCAACAGAGCUGAAAGCAGUCAGAGUAGGAACUAGUCAGGGACCCGUUUGGGAAGACAAACAGCAAAACCUGAUUCUCAAAGGAGAGAAAGUGAAGGAGCCAGGUGCAAAUAUUUCCCCUGGAAAUCUUUUAGAGGUAAGCAGGGUGACUCCAACGUAUAUAGGAGGACAACCAGUUCUGACUCAGUCAACAAAUUCUGUGCCAACAGAGAGUCCAGAAUUUGGCCUAACCAAGGACAACCACUUGGAAAGGUCAGUCAUUUCAAGGCCUGAGGAAGAGACGGCGCUUCCAGUGAAAGAGUGUAUAGAAAAGACAGUCGCUCCAUCAAAAGUACAAGGUGAUCAGAUUAACCGUGGCUUGCAGAAACUGUUGAUAGAGGCCUCUCGGGAAUCCUUGCCACUUAAGGCACAGCUGGCAAUAGAAGAACAAACAUGUAGCACUAACCAGACUCCAUCUGACCUGCCAGCAAAUGAGGUUGCAGAUACUGUAAACAGAGCUCUGAUUCAACCCAAAACAGACACCAACACUUUUAAUUCCAGUGUAGAUAGGUUGCUCAAGGAAGCCUUUUAUGUGACAUCUUCUCCUAGUCAUUGUAAAGAGAUGGAUUUCUCUGAACAGGAAGCUUCUCCAUUAGAGAAGAGGCGAUUUUUUAAUAAGGUGAUGGAGCGCAGCAAUGAUGUUUAUCCCAGUGGUGACGAUAAGAGUGGGGUGAUCUCUCAAACAGAAGAAACUAGGCCAAAAAAAGUCUUAUCCAAAGAUGAACUCAUUGUCUCUAAACCAGGUUUAGGAAAUUUGCCUAGGGAAAUGGAGAAAUCAAAUCCAGUAGCUGGGGAAGAUUCUAGCAGAGGAGAGGUCCAAAGGUACCUUGAUGAUGGUUCUUCUCAGAAAGAAAUCUUCCAGACCCUGUCACCAAAACUGAUACUACCUGAUGCUCACUUUGCAGUUCAGAAAGGAACAGAAUCUCCUGGGAAAGAAAUUACUGAAACAGUGACAGAAACUUCUGUCCCAUCGAAAAGGGAAUGCCGUGAUCUGAAUGCCAAACUAGUAAUUCUACUGAAAGAAUAUUCAAAAAUGCCUUGCAUUUCACCCACUACUGAGAGUACUCUAAAAAAAACAUUUGACAAUCUUCCGGAAGAGGACCAGCAAAGAUCUUAUAGGCAGGUGAACAGAAAUACCUCACAGAUGACCAGUCUGCCAAGAGAGACAAUCAGUGAAACAACCGAGAGAAAUAUAGAUACAAAUAAAAAUAGUGACAACAUAUUCAAUACGAUAGAGGGUGGAACAAGUGGAGAGGCAACUCUAGUGUUGCCAUCUGAACACCAGAAGAAUCUAAGUGCUCAGUCAAAUGAGCAGCUCAAGGGGAAUAUUGCUUAUAUUGGUGAGCAUGGCGGCCAGCAACCUAAGGAAGUAGAAGAGAAAGUCAUGAAGACAGUCAAGCCAGAUUCAUUGGAACAUGGUACAUUUAAAACCAGUUUAAGUAAAUUGCUUAAGGAAAACACGGACAUUCUGCUCAAAGAUGUUGAGGCUCCGAAAUCAGCACAUGCUUUGCUGCAGCUUAGUCAGAGCAAGAGUUCAGUUUAUCAUAAAGAUGCACCAUAUCCUCAAGAAAUAAAGGAAACUGUGGGGAAAGCUUUAGUUCCCUCCAGGUCCAGGGAUGAUGAACUCAAAACUAACCUCCUGAAAUUGCUCAAGGAAGACUCUGAAAUCCUACCAUCCAACCAGAAAAGUGCAGACGAUAGGAAUAAGACGCAAAUAGAGAGGAAGUCUAAUCAGACUGUAAAUUUGGUUUGCCCACAGGAAAUGCAAUGCAGUCAAGAAGUCAAGGAAACUGUAAAUAAGACUGUUGCUCUAUCCAAACCAAACCAAAAUGAAUUUAGUUCUGGUUUACAGAAACUACUUGAAGAAGCCUCUCAGACUCCACCUACUCAGCUGGAAUGUUUCGAUGCCAAAAUGAAAGUGGAGAUGCAAUCUAGUCAAGGUAUAGAGACAGUAAUCGGGCUUCCCUAUGAAGCAGAUGAAACUGUAGUGAAAUCUAUUGCCCCAGCAAGAGAUGAUACUAAAUUCAAUUCCAGCUUUAAAAAGUUAGUUAAAGAGAGCUCUUCUUUGCAGCUCUCCAAGGAUGACAGCCAGGAAGUGUCUAACGACUCAGCAGAUCUGCUAGCAAAGAGAAGCCCAUCUGUCAGUAUGCCAGCUACAGCUGGGAGCAUGCCGAGUGGCUAUCGAACUGAGGUUAAAAUACCACUCAAGGGAAAGACUUUCAAACAAGAAUCUGACCAAACUGCAGAAGAAUCAGAGAUUUCUGUUCCUGAAAAAAAUGUGGCUUUUCAAAAAAAGCUACUGGUUAAUCGAGCAUCAUCCGAAGCCCCGUUCCUGGAAAAAGAAGAGGGUUAUCUGAUGCUUGCUAGGACAGAUGAGAGAGAGAGUGAAUAUAAAAGUGAGAAAAAAGUUAGAGAGGUUUCCACUGCAAGUGUGUCUUUAGAUAAAGAUGAAGAAAAGCCUGAUCUAGUGUUUGGAUCCCAAAAGUCAAGCACUCCACUUGCAGCAGAGGAAAAUGCGCCUAAAAUGAGUAGUAAAGUUGAGUUGCUACUUGCCACACAUCAUGGUGGUGAUGAUGAUGAUGAUGAUGAUGGAGAUGCCAGGAGUUUUGGAUCAGAUCUUUCAAAUGAAAACCUCGAGUCCUUUGUGGGAUUCCAAAGAAGUUCAACGCGUUCGGAAGGAGAACUAAACCUGGUUUUGGAGGCUUUGCAAAGGAGUUCAAAUAGGCAAAUUCCUUCCAAAAGUCUAGAGGACAUACCAGCAGCCACAUCAAAUCAAGGAAAAGUAAACAUUCCAAAGGAAGACUUAAUGCUUAGUGCUGAAGAUGUUUCCACAGCACCUUCUUUCACUGACCACCAGUUCUCAAAUCCAGAAAAAAUCAAGAGGAUGAGCAAAUCGGUCCCAGCAUUUCUACAGGAGGAGAGUGACAGAGACACAGACACAGCAUCAGACAGCAGUUACCCACUGGGCAGAAUCAAGAAGAGUCCCAGUUCGCUAACCAAUCUUAGUGGCUCUUCUGGCUUGGCGUCCUUGUCUUCUGUGAGCACUAGUGUGAUGAGUGUCUACAGUGGAGACUUUGGCAACGUGGAUGUGACAGGGAAUAUCCAGUUUGCCAUUGAUUAUGUGGAGCAGCUGAAGGAACUCCAUAUUUUUAUCGCCCAGUGCAAGGAAUUGGCGAUCGCUGACGUUAAGAAGCAACGUUCCGAUCCGUACGUGAAGAGUUACCUGCUACCAGAGAAAUAUAAACUGGGCAAAAGAAAGACGUCUGUGAAGAAGAAAACGUUGAAUCCAGUCUUUAAUGAGAUAUUACGGUACAAAGUUGACAAGGCCCUGUUGGCAUCCCAGAGGCUGAAUCUCUCCGUGUGGCACAAUGACACUUUUGGACGCAACAGCUUCUUGGGUGAAGUGGAGCUGAACUUGGGGACAUGGGACUGGAACGACAAGCAGAGCAAACAGAUGAACUGGUACCUGCUUAAGCCGAGAACUCCACUAGCUGCUCUUGAGCUGGAGAACAGAGGGGAGAUAAAGCUAGCUCUCCAGUAUAUCCCACAGCCUGCUGGGGGUAAAAAGACUGCCACCACUGGAGAAGUCCACAUCUGGGUGAAGGAAUGCAAUGACCUCCCAAUCCUCAGGGGGAACAAACUCAACUCCUUUGUUAAAUGCACUGUUCUUCCAGAUACGAGUAGGAAAAGCCGCCAGAAAACGAGAGCUGUAGCAAAGACGACUAAUCCAGUGUUCAACCACACCAUGGUCUACGAUGGCUUCAGGGCUGAAGAUCUGAAAGAAGCAUGUGUAGAACUCACUGUCUGGGACCACAACAAGCUGGCCAAUCAUUUCUUGGGAGGCCUCAGGAUAGGACUUGGAACAGGCAAAAGCUAUGGUACUGAAGUAGACUGGAUGGACUCCACGUUGGAUGAAGCCAACUUAUGGGAAAGGAUGAUCAACUCACCGAACAAAUGGGUAGAAGACACGUUACCACUCAGGAUGUUAAUGAUAGCAAAAAUGACAAAAUAGGAUGAUGCUCUGGCUGCUUGCAUCCAGCUUGUUGGAGUCUGUGGAGAGAAGAAUUGUGCAAAGAUUCAGAGACUAACUUGGGGCAAAAUUCUUCCUGUGUGCCCUCAAGAGAGGGCAUCGGUGUUUGCAAUACAAUUUUAUACUGUCUUAUUAAAUGCUACCUUACCUUUAUUAUGCGCAUUAACUUCUCCCUGCUUGCAGGUACUGUUUCUAAGUUAAAUACUUUAAGCUUUAUUAAAGGUUAAUUAAAAAUAAAAUGUAUUUAAACUAUUA